AUGUGUUUCAGGAAAUUUAAAAAUAAAAUAUUUUAUAAGGAUCUUUAUCUGGAAACAGUUUACACCAUUCUCCAUCGAAUUGGAAAAAAGGAAAGUUCAGUUUCCGUUGGCAGUGUUGGAGGAGUUUCUGGUGAAGAACAAUUACUUCAAUAUGCAAAAUCAGCAUUUCAAAUAGACGAAAAAACACACAAAGCUUUAGUUGAGAAGGCUCUUAGCGAAAAACCACCGAUUUUGCUUUUGAAUGUUUUGCUUUUGGAAGCAAGGGAUUUGAUAGCUAAAGACAUUGACGGCUUCUCAGACCCCUUUGUUAUGUUGGGAGUAAUACCAUCAUCGUCCAAAGGUGGAGAAGAUGAACAACACGAAGCUACAAAUGCUACAGGCGGCUCUCAAGACUCACCUGAAGAAGAACAAAAUAACAACAACUCAUCAGGAAAACCUCCCCAGCAUCGCAGAGUACUCCAAAGGCUUAGUGGUUCAUUCCGUCGUAAAGCCUUCCCUGGAGCUUCUAGAAGAGAAAAGUUGGAAGCAGCAUUUGAACAGACUGGUGAUGGGAUACCUGCACGUAUAAUAAAAGCAUCCUCUGUCCAGAAGAAGACACUCAAUCCAAAAUGGAACGAAAAGUUUCAAUUUGUAGUGGGUGAUUGUACUGAUCGAUUCCAUUUGGAUAUAUGGGACCAUGAUGAUGAGAAUCGAAGUGUAUUGGACGUUGUUUCUUCCCUCAACCAAGUUCAAGGCCUCAAAGGAUUAGGGCGUUACUUUAAAGAAGUAACACAAAGUGCUAGAGCUAGUUCCGGUGGUGGAGGUUGUGCUGGGGGUGAUGGACUUGUUGAUGAUUUUCUUGGUUCUCUUACUUUUUCUCUGGGAGAGAUUCCUUCUACUGGAGUUGAGCAAUGGUUUAAUUUGGAGAAGAGAUCUGAAAAGUCUGAAGUUUCUGGUCAGAUUAAGCUGAAAAUGUGGUUAAGUACCCGAGAAGAACACCGCCUAUCAAGCACAGAGGAACAACGAAACGACGAUUUCAUUUUUCUAGAUGAUGAUGCUGAUGGUUUAGUUGAUGUUCAACAACACAAAGACCUUUUAAGACAAUUUGCGCUUUACGAAAUUGGAAGGAAGGGAGAUCCUGUUUGUGCAUUCAGAGGGCAACUGCCAGAUUUGGCUUUACUUAUAUUACACCAACACGCAAUACAGAGUGAUCUGACUGAAUUACACCAGAUGAUGUGUCAAUGGUUGGCCUAUAUACAAAUGAUUGGAAUGGGUAUUUCUUUCGAAUUAAUCUAUGAAACAUUUUCGAAGCUUGUUGGUAAAUGGAAACCUAUGGAACUUGAUAAGGCAAUAUUCAAGAAUUAA